AUGGUCGGCAAAGCUUAUACCGGGACGGGAAGCUUGCAACCAGGCAAUAGGAUUAAUUGUCACUUCGGGCACUUGCAUCAACGAGUAUCGACCUUUGUCGGUUUCAAGGGGCCCCAAGCUCUCUCGAAGGGUUGGCGGAGUAUUGUUGUCAUUAUGUACAUUAAGCGGUAUUGGGUGACUGAUCUCGAGAGGCUUGCUGCGUACAUGUUGAGAAGCGGCAGGAUCAAUAUCGUCCUUGGAACUGAGAAUGUGUCGGGUGACCCAGUUGUGCAGCCCCUUGGGCUUCCCGGCCUCCUUACCCCGGCCGCACUCAGACCCGCUCCGGUUGUUUGCCCCGGUCACUCUUGGAUUUGGAGUUCGUUUGCGCUUAGCCCCAAGAGAAGCGGUGCCACUGGUGGAGGACCUGACGAACGAAGUCCCGGCCUUGACCCUGCUCCGGCGCCGUUUCCUAAUGACAUUUCGCUGAUGAGGUCGUGGCUUGGCAACAGCGCAUGA